AUGUUACUACGUACAGCUCUGUUAGCGCUGCUAUAUUCACCGGCUAUUUACUCAAAAGAUGACGAUUCGACUGUGCCAGCGGUUCGAGUUGUCCGCCUACAAAUUGAGUACCCAAAUGCCACUAUCGCGGACAUUCAAAAGAUUCAAAAAUGGAAUCCCAUCAUGCGAAACAGCGUAAUCGCCUCAUUACGUUUUAUAAACAAGCAUUGGUUGAUCUGUGGCAGUGGACCAAAUGGGGAAAGGCCUGCGAAUGACUGUGGCAAAGCACAAGUGACUGGUGAAGUGCUGGGAGACAACCACUACAGAAUCAACGCCACUUUUAUCUCAGAAAGAGAUCCCAUAAAAAAUGUAAAGGUUGAAGCCACAUCAACUGUAAUGGCCGUUUCACAGAUUGGUCUGAAAGGAGGAAUCUUUCAGUACACGAAUGCGUUGAAGGCACUCGGCAAGCCGUCAAAUGAACUCGGGUUUGACGAAGCGUACUUCUGCUACAAGGGCGCGGUGCUGGUGGACGGCGAUAAAUGCCGUAAGGAGCUACGAAUGCUACGUGACGAACCUAUUCGAGAACGUGAACCAAUCGAGAUCGAUCGAUUAAUUGCCCUCUGAUGACACCGUUAAUGCAUUUCGGGAGAUGGACGAAGCACUAAUAACCCCAUUACUUGAAGUUCCAACUGUAAACACUUUUGUAUAAGUUUGAGCAUGCACAUAAUAAGUAUCCGUCUUUGCAGAUGUCUUCUUCUUCACAUUCUCAAUUUUAAUGUCA